AUGUCGGAGGCAGAAUGGGCUCCCAUGGACGGCACUCCUGAUUUCCCGUUGUCGAUAGCAUCGUCGCCUCCUGCGAGCCCGACCCCCUUUGCGCCGACCGGUCGCCCUUUGGUGAGGGCACGAUUCCGCAAUACCAACAGGCUGGAGCUUGCUGAGGAGCCUCAGGCGCAGGCGCAGCCUCUGACGCUGCAGUCGCUUAAGAAAAGCUGCUCUGCCCUCCUCGCCGCUAGCCUCGAUAGCGCAGACAACGCCCGGUUCCUCGAACAGUUUCGAUAUACAAUCAUUGCUUCUCAGCUCCUAAAUGGCCAUUUGUUAGUUGGGAACCGACCUCCGGCCCUGAAAACACCGGGUUCGACCACAAACACCAAUGACCAAUCUCUCCUCUCGACCGAAGGUAUUAUAGUGUCCGUCGUCGGAGCCCUAGCUCUCGCAGUUUUCCUAAGCUGGGCACUGAGUAGUGCGCCAUCGUAUGUGACGAAACGACGCCUAAUUCUGGUGCUUAUUAUUGCUGCAGCGGCCGCGCUGGUAGGACAAGUCUUUGUGCGACGACAGUGGCUUCGCUACCGCAGAGAGCAAUCCCUGGCUGAGAUCUCCACAUUUAUCUCGAAUUCGCAGAACUUUGAUAGUGCAACUGAGGCCGCGCUCUCUCUCGUACAGGAAGUCGAACUUGUUUCUCGAGGAUACCGAAUUAGCCUACCUCUUCCACCAGUUAGCCGAAUUGAGGAGCGCACCCAAAGCCGAAAAUGCGGUCGGCUACGAAAGGCGCUCAAAAACUCGUUUGCCGGCGUUUUGCAGACGUAUAACCAGGUGUCCGAUGUUGUCAGGGGUUUUGCCGAGCAAAUGGAGCUGGAAAAGUACUAUGACAUGUACGACGUUAGCGAUUUCGACAUUUCGGAUUCGCGCCUAGGAUUCAACGAAUCUGAAUUUGAAGAUGCGGAGUCGCUGAGGACGCUGAAGAUUCUUGCCGCGCGGUUCCAUACCACGCGAAAGAUGCUUCUCUGUGCUCUGCUGGCGCUGGAUGCAAAUGGAGAGGCCAAGGAUUUGCUGCGCUGGACGGCUGCUGUCGAGGCGCUACAAAGCGCCAAUGUCUCGACCAAGUCUGUGUUUGAGAAGCUGCAGGGGAUAUUAAGCGAGGAAGAAUCAUUCCCAUUGCCACCUACUCCGUCGCUGCCUCUAACACCAGGCAAAGAGCGAUGGCGCUCUCAGGUUCGCAAGCUCAAUUCCAUGUCAACUGGAAUUCGGGGCCUACAAGCCAAACUCCAUCUACUGCGAGAAGAAUCAGAUAGAGCCCUGGACGAUUCCAACGACAUUUCUGAAAUUGGACCCAACCUCAUGUCACAGUACGACUCCAUUGGAGUCGACCUCAAAAUGCUCAUGGCAGCAUGGGAAGAAGGCAGAGCGGCUCUUGCUCAAGGUAUUGACAGAACCGAGAAGAGGCUUUCAUCAAUAAGCACGCUCCUAUCACCUGCAAGCUCCCUCAGCGGACUCACAACCAUAGGCGAAGGAGGUGCGGCAGAAGCAUUCAAGGCUCUCACUGGUGAAUCCCCGCCAGCAUCAGAUAUCAAUGAUGCUGAGGAGGACCAGGAGAUUUUUGAGGCGGUAGCCAAGCCGCGACCUCGAAGCAUGCUGACGCGAGAAGAGAGAAUCGCAAAGGUUAAAGAGGAGAGGGAGCACAGAGCGGCAGCCCGUCAGCAGCUGGAGGCUACAAAGGGCAUGCUGAGAGAGCUGGAAACAGUAAUCAGCCUGCGACCUCAGAAGCGAGCCAGCGCUCCUCCUGGGGCACGCAUCUCCAUGUGA